AUGAAUUAUCACAUCGAAAUCCAGUUUCAGGAUGGAGUUGUCUGGCUUGCACGUAUCCGAAGGUCCAAUGCAACCUCUCCACCCCCGGACCUACAACGAUACAUCAUGCGCAGCCCUGUCGGGGUGGAAUAUAUUCUCAUGGAGAAGAUGCCUGGGAAGAAUAAAGUCAUGAGUCAAUUGGCAGAUAUUUUUAUUGAACUGCAGACACGCCCCUUCGCUCUGAUGGGCUCGUUGGACCAACCAGGAACUGAUCAUAUGCGACCCAUUGGGCUCUUUACCACCCGAAAGGAUUUUCUGGUGGCAUGCAUCCAACUGACGCUCGAUCUCAUUAUCGAGGGGGAAUGCUAUGCCACGCGGCCAAUCGACGCUUUUUUGACCCAUCGCUCACUCCUGGACUAUAUUCCAAAGGUCUGCUCCCGCCCUGACUUUGACGACGGGCGCUUCUACUUGAAACAUGCCGAUGAUAAAGGAGAUCACAUCCUCGUUGACGAUGAUUACAUUGUUACUGGAAUAGUCGACUGGGAAUGGGCGCAUACUGAUUCCAACUCAGUGGCUUUCAAUUCCCCCGUCUUCCUGCUUCCCGUGGCUGACUUCUACGACGGAGUAAUCGAGCCUGGUGAGGAUGAAUGGGAGUUCGCGCGAUUACUGGAAGAUAAAGGACAGUCCGACCUCGCGGAGAUAGUAAGACAGGGAAGGAUUGUUCAUCUGUUUAACUUUGGACUUUUUCAAGGGCUGCGCAGGGCGUUGGAGGCGGAUGGGGAGUUGGAAUGGGAGGCUUGGAGGGAGAAAGCCAUGGAUGGUUACAAGGACAAUGAGCAGUUGACGAAGCUGAUACUCCGACAAAGCGGCUCUUCUUCUAGUGACUAA